AUGUUGUCAUCAUCGUUAAUACGCAGUUUUGCUCAGAAUCUGAGUCAACAAUCAUCGAGAAACACUUGGGUAUUAAAGCGAGUUUUCACUCCAGAGGUAACACCACCUGGAGGAAUUCAGAAGAAUCCCAACGAUCAUCAUGAUUUUCAAAAAUACGAAACUGUUGAAUAUGAAACAUUAAAGAAAGCUGGUCCACUUAGAAUUAUUCUUCUGGAAGAUGUCGAAGGAAUUGGUCACCAAUUCGAUGUGGUCAAUGUAGAUCGAAUGAGAGCUCGAACUGACUUAUUAUUGUCUAGAAAAGCCGUUUAUGCAUCACCAUUCGAUCUUAAAUAUUACGCAGAUAUGAAAGAGAAAAUGGCUGACGAAUUGGCAGCUCGUGUACGUAUUCCAUAUGAACUGCUUGUUGUUGGACGAGAUUUGCAAAAAAUGGUUGUGCCGAUUAAAGUUAAUGUGGAUAAUGCAUGGACAAUUGAGAGAAAGUUGGUGAAAGUAUCAUUGCGGCAACAAGGAGUAUUUGUUGAUGAAAAUACAAUAUUUCUACCACCAAAGGCAAUCAGUGGUCCAAAUUUCGAUAUUGAGGCCAAAUUAUUCCGAUUCUACAUUGUCAUCAACAAACAGUACAUUGUUCCGAUGAUUGGCCGUAUUUCACAUAUUUCCGUUGAUGAAUCUAAACAGGUCAUUUCUCCAAUAAUCUCAUCGCCAAAAGACGAAGAAUUGGCUCGAUUUGGCAUCCGAAAAGAAUAUCCAUUGUACAGUAAAGAUCAGGAAUUCGGUCCAGAUUUCGAUGUGUUUGAACACAUGAAGAUUAAUGCACCUUUAAAACCAACAUAA